GCAUACGCACACGCAUACGCGGACACGCCUGCCCCGCCCCUCCUCCCUCCCCAUCCACCAGCCACGCUGCACCAUGUCCAAGCAACUGCCGAAGAAGAGUGGCGGUCUGCUCGGCGAGGCCCUUUCCUCGCUGCUUUCGGGCCCGGCCCCGACAGAUGAUCGCCAGGACGAUGUGUCCGGUCUGGAUGCGGACAACAUUGUCGACUCGACGGGCUUUCACGACUACGACUCCUAUGCUGCGGAGCUGAGUGCUCCCACUGCCAUGACCCGGCGCUCGCAGUCCGCCCAGGCGGAUGCCCUGCUGAGCCAGAGCGCCCGUUACUCCGGGAAGACCUCUUCGCGCAAGGCCCUUUACGCCGAGAGCGACGACGAGGAGGACUCUUCGGAGGAGGAGGAGGAGGAGGAGGAGGAGGAGGCCAAGGCCCCCCGCGGCCGCGGCGCCUUCAGUGCGUCCAGCCUCAUGGGCCUCGAGGCCAGCGACGGGUCGGACGACGAGGAGGAUGACGGAUCGGACGACGACUUCGAAGCGGCCUUCCGUCGGUACGACAGCUCCAAGAGCUCCGGCGGUCUGCCCUUCGGCGGGGCGGCGUUCGGCAGCUCCGAGGAUGAGGAUGCCAGCUCGGAUGACGGGUCGGACGCUGAUGAGCAGAGUGCCCUGGCCGAGGGUGUCUCCGGGAGCCGCAAGUCCAUUCAGAAGGCCCUCGGCGCGUCGACCUCCCUCGACCGCGCCAUGCGCCAGCUCGAGGAGGAGGAUGCCGCCUCGUCCAUUUCCAUCUUCGCCGAGCAGGCCGUGGCCGACGCCCAGAAGGGCAAGCAUGUCAUGAACCAGACCACCCUUUGGAACCGGUCGCUGGACUUGCGCAUUCGCCUGCAACGCUGCGUGACCCUUUCCGGGCGCCUUCCCCCGCCGGACAUGUGGGGCCACUUCUUCCCGUCGGAGGGUGAGGGCGCCGCGACCGAGGGGCUUACCAGUGCGGCGGCCGCCGUGCGCACCGAGCUGGCUGGUCUUCUCGGGGACAUCGCCAACAUCCAGGUGGACCUGCUGGCGCAGACGGCCGGCAUCGGCCCGGAGGCGGUGGCUGACCUGCGUGGUAAGCGCCCGGCUGACGACUCGCCGGACGCCCUGCGCGCUCUGGCGUCCGAGGUGGCUGCCAUUGCCGCUCCGCACAUGGAAGAGACCCUGGAGCACUGGUCAAGCCGGGCGCAGAUCGCCACUGCCGGCAUGGGCUCCGGGCCGCUGAAGGCCAUUCACAAGAGUGUCCCGGAGCAGGUGAGCGCCGUCCUGGCGGCCGAUCGCGACCGCCUGGUCAAGCGCCUGCGCCUGGACCGCCGGCCGGCCGCGUCCCUGGCCACCAUGUACACCUUCGGCACUGACACCCUGCCGACGGGAGACACCAUGCCCUCCUCGGUCGAUGAGCAUGAUGACCAGCUCAUCGACGAUGGGGACUUCUAUGCCUCGUUGCUGCAGGAUUUCUUGGCCUCGCGCGUGGGCCCCACCGGGGCGGCCACCGAUGUGGGGGCGGACGACGCGCGCCUCAGCUCGGCCCUUUCCGCCCGGGCCGAGGAGCAGAAGCGCCGCGCCAAGCAGCGCCGCCAGGGGGUCGACCAGAAGGCCAGCAAGGGCCGGCGCAUUCGCCAUGACAUCCACCCGAAGUUGGUGAACUUCUGCGUCCCGACCCCGCGCCAGGCCCCCACCUACCGGAUGGCCACGCUGGCCAGCGACCGCGAGCUGGAUCUCACCAAGGCCGGGGGUCUCCGGAAAGGCAAUGCCCCCUCCGAGGGCGACCUGACCUCGGCCGGGACGCUGCUCAGCGACACGGCCUCCGUGGCCACCAUGUGGACCGAGGCCCGCGAGCGUGAGCUCUUUGCCAGCCUGCACGGGCGCACUGCUGCCCCGGCUGCUCCCUCCUUGUCUUCCUAAGUGUCAUGCUACACACUGACGCCGGGGCGCUCUGGGAAUGUGCUUGCACCUGCUCGUGCCCGUGCCCUUCCGCCCGCCCGCCCCCUCUUUUUUUUUGUGGCGCUGCUCUCCUCCGUUGUGGCUGUGGCAGAGUCCCGGCGCCCAGAGGCGUCCUUCCCCCGUCCUCCGCACGUUCACUGCCCGCGAAAGGGCCGGUACAAUAUCACCUUUCAUAGAGAA